GUAAAGUUGCGCAUGCCCAGCGAAGAACAGCCAUUAACGGAACGAACGUGUGUAAAGAUUUUGCAAAAUGGGAUUCAAUUUAGGCGACGAAUUUCCUAACUUUUCAGCAAAGACAACUGCUGGGGAGAUUAAAUUUCACGAUUGGAUAGGAAAGGACGGAUGGGCAAUCUUGUUCUCACACCCGGCUGAUUUCACACCAGUAUGUACAACAGAGCUGGGUAUGGUCAACAAAAUGGUGGAAAAAUUCAAGGCAUUGAAUGUCAAGCUGAUUGCAUUGUCAUGUGAUGAUGUUGAUAGUCACUCUGAAUGGACAAAGGACAUUUUAGCCUAUACUAAAGAUGCCAAAUUUGAUUUCCCCAUCAUUGCUGACCCAAAACGUGACCUUGCUGUGCAGUUUGGCAUGUUAGACCCAGUGGAGAAGGACUCGAAGGGACUUCCGCUCACCUGCAGGGCUGUUUUUAUUGUUGGUCCAGACUAUAAACUGAAGCUGUCAAUGUUAUACCCGGCUACCACUGGAAGAAAUUUUGA